GUUCACCACGGCUUGCCAGAAACAGCAUUGCAACCAAGGAUGGAGGAGCCAGACUGUCGGCUAUUGGUCGAAUUGCUUUGCGGGAUAAGCCGAGCCAGCAGCAGCACUCUGCUGCAAUCUAUGGUGCUGGUGGUGGCCGUUUGUGGCCUCGCUUUUUGGACCAGGUUUGCGAACGUCCUCCACCAGCUCCCCGAAAGGAGCCCCAGGAAAAUUCACCGAGCCGGCCACAGAGCGACCGAGGACUUCCAGCUUCAAGGUCCUCCUCUGCUCCAAGGUGCCCUUCGACACAGAGGGGCAGCUCUCUUCCUCGAGAGCCCAAUGAGGGGAGAGGCCCGCCGCAGCGAGCAGCUUCGUCCAUCGAUUGCUCCUCCUUUGAUCGAGCAGGAAAUUGCCCUGUUCCGUCCAGUAGUUUGCCAAGCCGGUCGGCAUUCCCGAAGAACAUGCUAG